AUGGUCAUGAUCGCCCUGGCCAUGUCGCUCGUCACGUUUGGGCCUUGUGGCUGGUGGCAGGGGCAAAUCUGCGGGAAAAGGCCCGAGUGGAUACUCGUGGCCGUUCAGCACCACCAGGUAGCUACGGGCAAACCUGCUCGGCCGCUCUUUGGCCUCUUGUCAGGCGGGGAUCACUUCAAUUUCUAUCGUCUUUACGAGUGCAAGUACUGCUGCCUCGAGCUGCGUUGGUUUAUUCCAGAGCAUCGAGAACGAAUCCUGGAUCUCUUAGCCAAGCUAUGUAGAGAGGCGUUGGAAGCAGCGACUCCGCGGGGGAGCGAGGCAAUGGAGACCACCAGCGGCUAG